AUGGUGGACUCACCUCUGUUAGCUCUGCCGACCGAGCUUCUCGUAGCAGUCUUUAGUUGCUCCUCCUCGCUCAGUCAUGUUGCGAACCUGGCUGCAAGCUGCAAAGAUCUGAACACAAUCUGGAAAGAGCACAUCUCAUAUAUUGUGAAUCAAGUUGCACCCGCCGCUAUUCCGUGUUAUGAAGACUUACGCGGCCUCUUGGCCAACCAGGGACAUUUAGCGCUGGGUGCGCAGGUCCUCCAAAUCUCUGACGUUGCUCAGCUUGUUACAACAUCCAAAAAUGUCACCGAGCUAUUCACUUCGUUCCGUGAUCGCGUGAGAGCAAACGUCGUCUGGGACCCACAGGUCCCUAGAGUAUUAUCGCCUUCUGAAGAAAGCCGUUUCAUCAGUGCCCAUUACAAACUCUGGGGCUUGAUGCUGCUCAAUAACGACGAGCAGCAGGGCCUUAUUGCAAGCAUGGAUCUCGAAGAGACGUGUUUACUGGCAGACUUCCUGUGUGUUUUUGAUCCUUGGAAGAUCCACAAUGCCGAAAUUCAGCGGGUUAUGGAAGGCAGCCCCGCAGCCCAUCGAUUCUUGCAGCAAAAGAUUCGGCAGCAGCGCAAUAAAGACUUUCUUAAGCAGCACCAUCGCGCCUACCGGCCAAUUGAAUUUACACCUUAUGAGCGGGAUGGGCGGUACGCAUGGUGGUGUGACAGGCAGCAGGAGAUAUUCAAAAAGAUGCUGACGGGAAGCUUGUUUCACGCUUGA